AUGCCUCUUUCAGAUAAGCCAAGCAAGGAAGAAAAGCGAUUAGCAGAAGACAAAAAGAGAACCAAAUACUGGAAGAAAUGGGGGACGUACCUAUCAGAAAGAUGCUGGGGUGUUCCACGAGAAGACUACACGGAUGAGGGAGACGCGUGGCAGUUUGACUUUGAAACUGCAAAGAGCAGGGUGUUCAGGUGGAACGAACAGGGAAUGGCGGGUGUUUGCGACACCCACCAGCUGAUCAAUUUGACCAUGGCGAUGUGGAACGAAAACGAUGGGAUUUUGAAGGAGACCCUUUUUGGAUUACCAGGUGGGGCCUCAGGGAAGAGCGGUGUUCAUGGUGAAGAUGUCAAGGAGAUGUAUUACUACUUGGACAACACGCCUACGCAUUCCUACGCCAAAUUUCUCUACAAAUAUCCUAUCUCGAAGUUUCCGUACGAGGAGCUGUACGAGGAGAAUUCUAAGAGAAACAAACACGACACCGAAUACGAGAUCACAGAUACCGGUGUCUUCAAAGAUAACAACUAUUUUGAUGUGUUUUUUGAAAUGGCGAAAGACGAUGAGGACCCGGAGGAACUGUAUUUCAGAAUCACUGCUUAUAACAGGUCGAACGCCGCUGCCCCACUCCACCUAAUUCCACAACUUUUCUUCAGAAACACCUGGGCUUGGAAUUUGGAUUCUGAGAAAGACAGAGAGAAGCCAACAAUGUACCAGGAGCAUGACAAUGUUAUAAGAAUCAACCACUACAAGUUAGGUGAGAGAAGGAUUGUGUUUGCACCUGCUCCUGGUUACGAAGGGUCUGAGAACGAUGUUGAGCCAAAGUUGUUGUUCUGUGAUAACGAGACAAACUUCCAGAAGUUGUACAACGUUGAAAACAAGUCCGAGUACUGCAAAGAUGGUUUCCACGAUUAUAUUGUCGACGAGAUCAAAACUAGUGUCAACCCGGAACAAAACGGUACCAAGGCGUGUGCUUGGUUUGUAUUCGAUGAAAAUGGAGGUAUCCCUCCAGGGGACUACGUCACCAUACGUUACAAACUGACUAAAGAUCUGUCUGAUGAGAGCUUGGACCUUGAUGAAGAGCUUCUCGAUGACAUUAUUUCCGCAAGAAUCAACGAAGCGGAUGAGUUCUAUUGGAACGUCUCGCCUCUCCCAAUUCCUCAACACUUGAGAAAUGUUCAAAGACAGGCUUAUUCGGGACUUUUGUGGACCAAGCAAUUCUACCAUUUCAUUCAUGACUAUUGGUAUAGGGGUGACCCCGAUUCUGACUUGCCUCCAACCGUGGGCAGAGCCAAUGAGAGAAACAAGGAUUGGAAAAACUUGUAUAAUGAAAACAUUCUAUCCAUGCCUGACAACUUUGAAUACCCCUUCUACUGUUCUUGGGACACAGCCUUCCACACAAUUCCGUUGGCCAUGAUUGACCCUGAAUUUGCCAAAUCUCAGUUGGAUCUGUUGACAAGAGAGUGGUAUAUGUCACCACACGGGCAGAUCCCUGCCUACGAGUGGAACUUUUCAGACACAAAUCCACCGGUGCAAGCAUGGGCAGCCUAUAGAACAUACAAAAUUGAAAAGAAGAACUGGGGUACCGCAGAUAGACCUUUUUUGGAAAGAGUGUUUCAAAAAUUGAUGAUCAACUUCACCUGGUGGGUUAACAGGAAAGAUGUCGAUGGUAAUGGUAUUUUUGAAGGAGGUUUUUUGGGACUUGAUAAUAUCAGUAUUUUCAACAGAUCAGAACCGCCGUCUGGAAUUCAAUUGUUGCAAUCAGAUGCAUCUGGUUGGAUUGCUUGGUAUGCAUUGACAAUGAUGAAUAUUGCAUUAGAAUUGGCCAGGGAUAAUCCUGUGUACGAAGACAUUGCAAGUAAGUUCUUUGAGCACUACUUGUUGAUUGCGGACGCAAUGACAUUUUUGAACAAAUCCGAGAAGAAUUUUAGACCAACCGAUGACUCUCUUUGGGACGACGAAGAACAAUUCUUCUAUGAUAAGAUUCAGUGGGGUGAUGACAAGAAGAGUUCCGUCAAGGUCAGAUCUUUGGUGGGAUUAAUUCCUCUUUUUGCUACCACUACUUUAGAAGCCGAAGUUUUAGACAGAUUCCCCUCUUUCAAGAAAAGGCUAAAAUGGUUGAUUCAAAACAAAAACUAUUUAUUCAAGAGACACAUUGCCUCAAUGGAAACCAAGGGUGAUGGUGAUAGGUUACUGCUCUCCUUGGUUAACAAGGACAGAUUAAUUGCUAUUCUUCAAAAGUUGUUUGAUGAAAGUGAGUUUUUAUCAGACUAUGGUAUCAGGUCGCUUUCCAAGUAUCACGAAGAGCACCCUGUUCAUAUGAACAUCAACGGCCAAGACUAUGGUGUUUCUUAUUUGCCUGGCGAGUCGGACUCAGGGAUGUUUGGUGGUAAUUCAAACUGGAGAGGGCCGAUCUGGUUUCCAAUGAACUUUUUGUUGAUUGAAUCGCUUUUAAGGUUCUAUUUAUAUUACGGCUCCUCAUUGAAAGUUGAGGUUCCAGUUGGAAGUGGUGAGUAUUUGAAUUUGGGGCAGGCUGCCGAGGAGAUUCAACAGAGGUUGAUUCAUAUUUUUAUGCCCGAUAAGGAUGGGUUCCAGGACCAGCAAGAGUAUAACGAGACCUUGAAGACAUUAAACAAGGAUGAAAACUUCAAGGACCUCGUUAACUUCUACGAAUACUUUGACGGGGACACUGGUAGGGGUCUGGGUGCAAAGUGGCAAUGCGGUUGGACUGCACUAGUUGCCCGGAUGAUUCAAGAUGUCGGUGUUGUCUGCAGACAGCCUCAUACCCCUAUCAGGAGUAAGUCCUUCUAUGACCAGGAUCAGAUCCAAAACUACGAGCCAGGUACCGGGGCAUAUCCACUUCUGGGUCGUAGAAAGUCAGGGAAAUCACUGUUGAACUUGGCAGCCCAAAGAUUGGAACUUGACACCGACGAGGCGGUAGCACAGCUUCCAGGUUUGAGUAGACGCUCAUCCACUAAGACGAAUGCCUCAGACCAGUCUGCCAAUGAGGACUUCCUGAGGCUCGUCAAAGAGGCCAUGGCCAAUUACAAGAUCUCGGACGAAGUGAAUGUGAACUCCGAAGAGUACGAAGCCAAAUGA